AUGCUUAAAUCUAUCAGAAUUCUCUCAUCCAUUGAUGCUCAUUAUGAUUAUGAGAUUUGGCAAAUUGAUGUCAAGACUGCUUUUCUAAAUGGCAAUCUUGAAGAAGAAAUCUAUAUGAUGCAACUGGAAGGUUUCAUAGCAAAAAACCAAGAGCAUAUGGUAUGCAAGUUGAAAAGACAUGGAGUUCCUCUGUUUGAUGACCAAAAGCCUAAGACUCAAGAGGAAGAAAAUAUGAUGAGACAAGUUUCUUAUACUUCUGCAGUAGGAAGUCUCAUGUAUGUCAUGCUUUGUACUAGACCAGAUAUUUGUUAUUCAGUUGGCAUGGUCAACCGAUAUCAAUCAAAUCCAAGACCAAAACAUUGGCAAGCUGUAAAGCAUAUUCUUAAGUAUCUACGAAGAACGAGAGAUUAUAUGCUUGUUUACUGGUAUGAGAAUUUGAUCCCCAUUGGCUAUAUAGAUUCAGACUUUCAAUCAGAUCUAGAUUUCAGAAAGUCCACUUCAGGUUGUGUGUUCACCUUGGGAGGUGGAGCCAUAAGUUGGAAGAGUGUUAAGCAAACUUAUAUUGCGAACUCCACCAUGGAAGCUGAAUAUGUUGCUACUUGUGAAGUGGCAAAAGAAGUUGUCUGGCUCAAGAAAUUCCUUUCUGAUCUUGGUGUAGUGAGAAUGGAGCAAGUUCCUAUCACAUUGUUUUGCGACAAUGGUGGAGCAGUUGCACAAUCCAAAGAUCCAAAGAAUCAUAAGAAGGGAAAGCACAUUGAGAGAAAAUAG